AUGUCGUCUUACACCAUCCCACUCCUGAUUAACGGCGAAAAUAUCGUCACCAAGAACACAUUCGACGUAAUUAGCCCAUCCACAUCAGAAUGUAUCUGGCGCUGCAGCAGUGCAACCGUCGAUGACGCUCGAGCCGCUGUGACUGCUGCCGGCAAUGCAUUUCCAGCCUGGUCCAAGACCAAGCCCGCCUUUCGCCGUGACAUCUUGCUACGCGCCGCCGAUAUUCUGACUGCCCGCGCUGACGAGUGUGCAGACUACAUGAUGCAAGAAACCGGCGCUGCUCACUACUUCUCGCGUGAUUUCAAUGUCCCGCUCACUGCUGACGUUCUGCGCGAUCUUGCUGGCCGUAUUUCGGGCAUUAUGGGCAGUAUUCCGACGCCCGCGGCAGAAGGUGCGAAUGCUCUGGUAUACAAGGAGCCGUAUGGUGUUGUACUGGGCAUUGCGCCAUGGAACGCGCCGUUCGUGCUUGGACUACGGUCCAUCAUAUACCCGCUUGCGGCCGGCAAUACGUGUGUACUCAAGGGCAGUGAGCUCUCGCCACGUGUAUUCUGGGCCAUUGGAGACGUGUUGCGCGAGGCAGGCUUGCCGGACGGUUGUCUGAAUGUGAUAUACCAUCGCACGGCAGACGCGGCAGCUGUGACGACGGCGCUGAUUGAAGAUCCACUUGUGAAGAAGGUGAAUUUCACGGGCAGUACGGCGGUGGGCAGGAUCAUUGCGAGUCAGGCGGGGAAGAACUUAAAACCGGUGUUGAUGGAGUUGGGAGGAAAAGCGAGUGCGAUUGUACUGGAUGAUGCGGAUGUGCAAAGGGCUGCAGAGCAGUGUGCGCUGGGUGCAUUCUUGCAUUCUGGCCAGAUCUGCAUGUCCACCGAACGCAUUCUCGUUCACAAGGCCAUUAUGGCAGAAUUCAUCCCCGCUUUGCAAGCCGCCGUGACCAAAGCCUUCCCAACGGACAAGCCUGCCCCUAUCUUGAUACAACCCGCCGGUGUAACAAAGAACAAGUCCCUGAUCUCGAACGCGGUUGAGAACGGCGCCAAGAUCCUUCAUGGCGAUCCUAACUUAUCGGAAGCAUCCAACACUCGCUUACGACCCAUCAUCGUCGGCGACGUAACGGAGAAAAUGGAUAUCUACAAAACAGAAUCAUUCGGGCCUUCUGUUUCUGUGAUUGAGGUGCAGAGCGAGGAGGAAGCGGUACGGAUUGCGAACGAUACUGAAUAUGGUCUCUCGGCUGCUGUGUUCACCGAGAAUCUGAACAGGGGCUUGAGAGUUGCGAAGCAGAUUGAGAGUGGGGCUGUGCAUAUCAAUAGUAUGAGUGUGCAUGAUGAGAGUGCGCUGCCGCACGGAGGCGUUAAGGCGAGUGGUUGGGGUAGGUUUAACGCGACAUGGGGCUUGGAGGAGUUUUUGCGAACAAAGACCAUAACAUUUCAAGAUUGA